UAGGAGUGGUGGCUGGAGUAGCGCAGACCCAGGGCUUGAAUAGACCGCGGAGGGCGGGGAGCCCGUACCAAGAGCAGCGCCGCGGCGCGGUAGGCGGGACUAAGGAGUGCGAAGCGAUGAUUGGCGGGCUGCCCUGCGCGUCCGUACGUCGGCGGUGACGCACUCCUCGGGGAGGGUGCGCGCGCCUUCAGCGGCCUCUUUGUGUGGUGCCCACAUAGGGGAGCGGAGGUGGCUGUCCGGGGAGCGUUCCAGUCUCCUCGGCUCGCCCUCUAGCCGGCACCUCUCCCCUUCCCUCCCCCUUCCUCAUCACCUCCUUCCCUCCCCCUUCCCUUCUUCCCUUCCCCGUCGGCGGGCGGCGGCUGGGCCCAAAGCUGUGAGGAGGCCUCCAGUCAGCGAUAACGGCGACGACGAAAGCUCGGAGCUCGCAGGCCGGGGGGAAGGCCCGGGCCCUGGAGAUGGAGAAUUCCCAGCUGUGUAAGCUGUUCAUCGGCGGCCUCAAUGUGCAGACGAGUGAGUCGGGCCUGCGCGGCCACUUUGAGGCCUUUGGGACUCUGACGGACUGCGUGGUGGUGGUGAACCCCCAAACCAAGCGCUCCCGCUGCUUCGGCUUCGUGACCUACUCCAACGUGGAGGAGGCCGACGCCGCCAUGGCCGCCUCGCCGCACGCCGUGGACGGCAACACGGUGGAGCUGAAGCGGGCGGUGUCCCGGGAGGAUUCGGCGCGGCCCGGGGCCCACGCCAAGGUGAAGAAGCUCUUUGUCGGGGGCCUGAAGGGAGACGUGGCGGAGGGCGACCUGAUCGAGCACUUCUCGCAGUUCGGCGCCGUGGAGAAGGCCGAGAUCAUCGCCGACAAGCAGUCGGGCAAGAAGCGCGGCUUCGGCUUCGUGUAUUUUCAGAAUCACGACGCGGCCGAUAAGGCCGCGGUGGUCAAGUUCCACCCGAUCCAAGGCCAUCGCGUGGAGGUGAAGAAGGCGGUGCCCAAGGAGGAUAUCCACUCCGGCGGCGGCGGCGGCGGCUCCCGCUCCUCGCGGGGCGGCCGGGGCGGCCGGGGGCGCGGCGGCGGCGGCGGCGGCCGAGACCAGAACGGCCUGUCCAAGGGCGGCGGCGGUUACAACAGCUACGGAGGUUACGGGGGCGGCGGCGGCGGCGGCUACAACGCCUACGGAGGGGGCGGCGGCGGCGGCGGCUCGUCCUACGGGGGAAGCGACUACGGGAACGGCUUCGGCGGCUUCGGCAGCUACAGUCAGCACCAGUCUUCCUACGGGCCCAUGAAGAGCGGCGGCGGCGGCGGCGGCGGCGGCGGCGGCGGCGGCGGCAGCAGCUGGGGCGGCCGCAGUAACAGUGGACCCUACAGAGGCGGCUACGGCGGCGGAGGGGGAGGCUACGGAGGCAGCUCCUUCUAAGAGA